CCUAAAUGGAAGCUGCUCAUCAACACCAAGAACUCGCUGUUGCUCUUGCCACCCUUCUUAUUCAUGAAGCUGGAAAAGAAAUUACUGCUGAACAUAUUAAUAAUGUUCUUCAUCAUGCCAACGUCAAGGUUGAAGGUUUCUGGCCAAUUGUUAUGGCUAAGGCACUUGCUAAUGCUGACAUCGAAGAUUUAAUUAUGAACACUACUGCUGCUCCAGUUGCUGCUGCAGCCCCAGCUGCUGCCGUUGCAGCUAGUGAAACUGAAACUAAAGAAGAAAAGAAAGAAGACAAAAAAGAAGAAGAGGAAGAAGAAGACUUUGGAGGAUUUGGUGAUCUUUUCUAAUCAAAUGGUUCGUUGGUAUUUUUUUUUGUUACUUGUUGUAAUGAUUCAUAUUGUUUUUGAAUGUUUGAAUGACGACGAUGUUUAAUAAAGGAAUAUGUACAUUCAACAGUCAAGAGAAAUACACCAAUUGUUGCAAAUACAGCAAACACACAGACCCAUGUAAUUAAGCUUCCUUCUUCAAAAUGAAUUUCUUCACUGGAUGACAUUUUUUAACUAUUUU